CGAGGUCGGAGAAGGCGAUGUUGCGCGCCACGACCAACGCCUCCGAAAUGCUUUGUCUUAGCUUAUUCUUGAAGGAAUUUUGAAGUUUUGUUUGGUCGUUAUUGCUUGGCUUUGAAGAACAUCCGCUCUAUACGCCUUACUCUUGAUCGACGCCAUUCGGAUUCUUCCCUUUUUUUCAUCCAAGAAUCAGUUUCCACCCCAAAUUCUCCGGAUCUACAGGUUUGUCGACCAAGGUCAAUUUCUUUCAAAUACUCAGACAACUUUAUCAAUUUAGACUUCUGAAGAGAUUGCCCUUGAUCAUGGAAACUGAAGAACCUAAAAAUGGAGAAUCAAGCAUGUCUUUAAUGCCCAAAUGGAUUUUGCCCUUUCUGGAAUAUGUAUGGAGAAGAUUUAAGAGAUAGUGGGUUCUUUUUGAUGCGGAUCCGGGUUCCAAGAGAUUGAAAUCGGAUCGCUUAGGGCCCACUUGGCACAAUUGUACAGUUUAUGAGGUCUUCUUCAACUAAGUCACAAUGGAACUCAAGACCAGCGGCAGCCAGUCAUCUUCAACUCGACCCAGAUUUGUAAACAAGGUCCUAGUGCAUGGAAGAUCACAUGCAGGUUUGGCACAUCACUAGCACUGUCGGUUCCAUUUCUCACAGAUGCCAAACAAGAGCUUAGAUUAGAUAUUCCAAAUCUGAAAUUUCUCCUGGCGAUAAACAGAGACCAGAUCUGCACUCAAUCGGCUCACACAACAGGAUCAAAGCUUUGGGGUUAUUGUUAUUGGGUUUGAGUCACCUCCAUGGUAGCUUCCAUCGACCCAAAACUCUGAUUCAAUCUGUCACAGAAUAGGGGGUCAGCAAGCUCCUUUGUUGACGUUGAUCUAUCGCCCAGCAGAGACAGGAAACAGUAACCAACAAAAAUAAAAUGGGUAAUAAAAAGUGGGAGAUAAGUAGGGAUGACAGGAAGGAGAAGAGAUGGAAGAGAGUGAUGGGAAAGAAAGGAGAUCAAGGGAGUAAGAAGAUUAUGAAACUCACAGCAUCUAUGGUUUCAGCCAAGCAAUAAGCUGUCAUUCAAUUUCUUCAAAAUCUCAAGUCUAACGAGCACGCAAUGGUGCUUUGGGAAAUGAGGGGCUCAUCCCUCAGCUAUUUACUUCUAUGCCAGCACUCAACGAAGCUGCUUCUUAUCUUGUACAAACGACUUCGUAUUUUACUAGCUGUUUCACUGAUUUUUCUGAGCAACCUGUUUCCGGAGAUUCUAACCUUAAUGCACAGGAACUAGUCACAUUUUCUUCUGGAAAACCCCAAGGAUAUCCUUCCAGUGAUCAUCAAUCUUCAGCUGGAAGUUCUACAUUCUGUGGACCUUGUGAUAAAGCGACUGCUGCUCCAUCUGUACAUGAUGCAACAAUGAGGAGCUCAACCAGAGCUUCAAGUCAAGAUGCUUCUGCAAUUGUGGAAUCAUCUCAUAGUGCCCAAAAUGGAACUUCCAUUUUCCAAAGCCUUGUCUCACGAGCUCGGAGAACUGUUCGUGGGUCAGCAGAUGAUAUAGGAUGGCUGCAGCGUGCUCCAGGAAUGCCUCCAGCUGAAGAUGGAACUCAAAGGUUUACAGAGUUGCUUGACGACAUCAGACACGGUCUACACAAGUUGCCAAACUCAAUGAUUUACUUAUUGGUUCCAGGUCUUUUCAGCAACCAUGGUCCACUUUAUUUUGUUAAUACAAAAGCCUGUUUCUCGAAGAUGGGUUUAGUGUGCCAUAUUGCUAAAAUUCACAGCGAGGCUUCUGUUGAGAAAAACGCCAGAGAAAUAAAAGAUUACAUCGAGGAAAUUUACUGGGGCUCCAAUAGGCGUGUCUUGCUUCUGGGACAUAGCAAAGGUGGGGUAGAUGCAGCAGCUGCAUUGUCUAUGUAUUGGCCCGCUUUGAAAGAUAAGGUUGCCGGAUUGGCAUUAGCACAGAGCCCAUAUGGAGGUAGCCCAAUUGCUUCAGACAUCCUGCGAGAAGAGCAGCUUGGUGAUUAUGUCAAGUUACGCAAACUCAUGGAGAUCCUGAUUUGUAAAGUGAUUAAGGGAGAUAUACAGGCUUUAGAAGACUUGACAUAUGAGAGGAGGAAAGAAUUCUUGAGGAAAUACCAGUUACCUAGAGAACUACCUGUUGUUUCAUUCCACACAGAAGCGGGUAUUACUCCAGCAGUUCUUUCUACCUUGUCUCAUGUUGCUCACGCAGAGCUACCUGCACCACUCGCUUCGGGGCAAUCUACAAAGGUCCCAGUUGUUAUGCCACUUGCUGCAGCAAUGGCUGCAUGUGCACAACUGCUUCAGGUCAGGUAUGGCGAAAAAAGCGAUGGCCUGGUAACAUGUCGUGAUGCAGAGGUUCCUGGCUCUGUUGUAGUACAUCCAAAGCGUAAAUUAGAUCAUGCUUGGAUGGUUUACUCAGCUUUGAACGAUGACCCUCGUGAAGCUAAUGCUUCACAGGUGUGUGAGGCUCUUUUGACAUUGCUUGUUGAAGUGGGACAAAAGAGGAGGCAUGCAAUUGCAAUGAAAGAUGAAUGAAGCCGCUGGGGUUAGUUUCAACUAGAGCCCCAAUAUGUGCAUAUUGUAUCGUAAAUUUUAUCCUGUAGUAAUUUGUUACUUCAUUUACAUAAAGGUGGGGUUAUUCCCAUUCCAUAUUUUACAGAGAAAAAUUGAUCUGUAAUUCUUGUUCAGUCCCAGUCCUCGUCCUCUGAGACGUACCCCAUGCAUAAGUGCAUUACUAGCUGGUUUUCUGGAUUUUGCUUGUUUAGUUGAAACUUCUUGAAUGUGUGAAAAA